CUUUGCAGAGGGAGAGAUCAGGGGCCCAAAGAUUUAGGAAAUUUAAGGUGAGUUUUCCAAUUAAUUGCCUCUUUGCCACCAAAACCCUCUACACUUGCACACUCGGUACCCCACCAGAUUUCAAAAUUUCGUCUUCAAUUCAAACCAUUUCGAAUAUAUAUAUACAGGCAUGUAUACAUAUAUAUAGUCACAACAGAAGAUCUAAUCCGUAGAGGCAGAAAAAUGAAGAGGAAAAUCGGUGGAGAAGUCACUGCUACUGAUGCCCUGCAGCUGCCAUUAUCACCUCCCCUCGGCGGCGGAGAAGCAGCACAUGGCAAGGCGGCUUAUGGUGGCGAUGAUGAGGCCACGGUGGCGGAGGAGCAACGGCUAGAGGAAGGCGGAGAAGAGGGCGGCGAAGAUGGAGAGGAAGAGGAAGAGGAGGAGGGGGAGGGGGAAGAAAAGGGAGAGAAGGGUUACGACAAAUUCGAUCACCUCGAAAUCGAUGACGAUGGAGAGGCUGAUGAUACCGAGCGUCCCAAGCUCGAAGAGGACUUUUACGAGAUUGAAGCUGUGCGUAAGAAAAGGGUUCGCAAGGGUGAAGCUCAAUAUCUCAUCAAAUGGCGUGGAUGGCCAGAGACGGCUAAUACCUGGGAGCCCAUAGAGAAUCUUCUGUUUUGUUCUGAUGUUAUUGAUGCAUUUGAAGAGAGCUUGCAAUCGGGGAACCAUAGGUCUUCACGUAGACGCAAGCGCAAGCAUGGGGUUACUCACACUCAACCCAAGAAGAAGCAACGGACUUCUCCUGCUGCAGCUACCUAUAAUGUACCGGCUGUCAAAGUUAGAAUUAUUGAAGAACCAUUGCCCAUGGUUCCUCUUGACGUCUCAAGCCUGGCCAAUGGGGGUGAGAGAUAUUUGUGGGCAGCCAGUAAUGUUGAGUCGUCAAAGCAAACAAAAGAGAGUGGGUUUGGAGCAGUUCCCACACAAAUUGAAGAAAUGGAAGAUCAAAAUGAAUUGAAUUUAAAGCUUAGUGAACUUAGAGGAACAAUGGCCACCUAUGAGGAAGAUGUAAAUAAGUGUUCAGUACGUUACCAAGAAGCCCAUGAUUUAGAAGGAGAUGGUUCUGCUAAUGGAUUGUCAAAGGUUGAUUGUGUGAAACAAGUUCAACCUGGGCGCUUCACUGGAGCUAAAAGGAGGAAGUCUGGUUCUGUCCAAAGGUUUAAACAAGAUUCAGCUCUGUGUUUAUCGCAUGAUGCACAAAAUACAAUGGCAAGAACUACUGAUGGCCUUUGUGGAAGCGUUGGAUGGCGGGGGAGUCAAAAUUCUGAUUUUGUGGGAAAUGAUUUGGGUAACAAGAAUAAGUUUGUUAACUCAAAAAAUGUGUCUACCAUCACUGAGAUCAUAAAGCCAAUAAGCUACUCAUCGUCUUUGAUAAACAACGUUGAAGAUGUGUCCAUAACCUUCAUGGCCAUGAGGUCUGAUGGCAAAGAAGUGAUGGUUGAUAAUAAAUUUCUCAAGGCUCACAAUCCCCUUCUGUUGAUCAACUUCUAUGAGCAACAUCUGCGCUACAGUGCUACGCCAUGAGUAGAUAGUUAUGGACGAGAAUGUGGAUGCUGGACCAUGUCAUCUUCGCUUUUGUGAUAUACAGUGUUGUAAUUUGUACCUGGAUGCUAUAGUACAGGUUAAGCCAAUGCAGUCGUAGGUUAGGCAAUGCAGUAGUGAACUGUGUUAGAUAGCAUGAUGCUGACUUGUAUAGCAGCAAUUACCUUGUUUUAUGUCUUUUCCUUCCUCUUUUGAAUGGGUAUGAACAUCUUGUUUAUCCACCUACCUUUUUAUAUGGUUUUGUACAUGGAGAUCAUGACUGUAACAUGUAGAUGAUGAUAAAACAUUUGUUUCACGCCCUUAAUAUUCAUAUUUAACUUUUUUUUCUUC